CCUGAAACGAAACUAAAUGCAGUGACUGAAGAACGGCAAGUUUGUGGGAGUGAUUAUAGUUUUCUUACUGUUUUUUUGUGCAGCUCGUGUUACAAUUUUCACCUCUGCAGAUAUGGCCACUGCCAGCAGUCUCCUGUCAGAGGAGAGGUUCCUGUGUUCCAUUUGUCUGGAUGUGUUUACUGAACCAGUGUCAACACCAUGUGGACACAACUUCUGCAGCGCAUGUAUCAGCAAGUAUUGGGACAACAGUGAUUCUUGCCAGUGUCCGCUUUGCAAGAAAACCUUUUCUUCGAGACCUGAACUCCAUGUGAACACUGUCGUGUCUGAGUUAGCUGCUGAGUUUGCAAAGGUGGCUCUAAUCAAAGCCUCAACUCCAGAGCCAGAGCUUCCUGAAAGAACAGAAAUUCUUUGUGACAUCUGCUCUGACAUGAAAGCGAAAGCAGUUAAAUCUUGUCUGAUGUGUCUGACUUCUUUCUGUGAUGUCCACCUCGAGCCUCAUCAGAGAGUUUCGGUUCUUAAGAGCCACAAACUCAUAGAUCCUGUGAGUAAUCUGGAUGAUAAGAUGUGCAAAAAGCACAACAAGAUAACGGAGCUGUACUGUAGGACCGACCAGGCCUGUGUUUGUGUCUUGUGUCUCAAAAUGGAUCACAAGAGUCACGAUGUCGUCUCGCUUGAGGAAGAAUACGAAGCAGAGAUGGUAAAAAAAGAUGAGGUGAUGGCAAAUAUCCAACACAUGAUACAGACACGAUCUGAUAAGAUAGAGGAGCUUGAGAAUUCCCUUGAUGUCAGCCAGAGAGAAGCUGAGAAAGAGAUAGAAGCCAGUGUGCAGGUGUUCACUGACUUCAUUCACUCCAUUCAGAAAAGCCAGGCUGAGCUCGUUGAGGUGAUUGAGGAGAGGCACAGAGCAACGAAGAAAAAGGCUGAAGGUUUUCUGAAAGAACUGAGGAUGGAAGUGGCUGAGCUUGAAAGCAGAAGCAGCCAGCUGGAGCAGCUGUCCCGCUCUGAGGACCAUCACUGUUUUCUCCAGAACUUCUCAACCUUGUGCUCUCCUGAAAACAAGGACUGGACCGACACCAGCCUUCACAGCGACCUGUCUUUUGAGGCAGUGAGACAAGCUGUAGCUCAGGUAAAACGCAGAGCAGAUGUGAUUGUGGAAAAGAUUCCCGAGAUCAAAAUGAAGAGAAUGAAAGAACAUGCAGUGGACUUGACUCUUGACCCUGACACAGCAAACUGCUGCCUUCUCAUAAGUCAAGAUAGAAAACAAGUUGCAAUUACAGAGGAACAGAAGGUUCCCAACAAUCCAAACAGAUUCGAGAAAUACCCAGAAGUUUUAGCACAGCAGGGGUUCAUACGAGGGAAGUUUUACUUUGAGGUGCAAGUAGAAGAAAAGCCUAAGUGGGCUGUUGGAGUGGCCAGAGAGUCUGUAGAUAGAAAGGCAGACACAGAUCUGUCAGUUUUAGAGGGUUACUGGACCAUUGGGUUAGAUAGGGGCACAUAUUUUGCAUUUGGAAAUCCAGCUGUUAUAGUCACACUGAAAGAGAAGCCUCAGAAAGUGGGCAUCUUUGUCAACUACGAUGAAGGGGAGGUUUCUUUCUAUGAUGCAGAUUCCAAAUCACACAUCCACUCCUUCAGCGGCUACAGCUUCACAGAGAAACUUUACCCGUACUUUUGCCCUCAAGAUGACUUAAAUGGACUAAACACUGCCCCUCUCAUCAUAACACCAGUAUCUCAAACUACCUAGUUUGUGGGUGGGACAACAACUAAUAACAGUGAAUUAAUGUCGAAACCAGGUCAUUUUGCACCUUCUUGAGAAAUCACAAAUAAAUUCAGUUUAUUGCAUUCAGCAGUGCCUUCCUAAUAAUACAUAUGUAACAAAAUUAGGCUGUUUAAUAUCAAAAAAUACUGUUGAAUUCAUGCAUAGACAUCUGAUCAAUGGCGUCUUUGUAUAAUGUGAAUAAUUGAAUGUAUGACACCAAUAAGGCACAGAAAUACAGUGAGACUCUUUAUUACAGGGUUGAGGGUACCAAUGUCAUAAUGUAGCUUUAAUUUGGAGAUAUAUGUGGAUAUUUUGUUGCUUUUUAAUACACAUUAUGAUAAGGUGAGAGUUUGGCGUUCCUGCAAAUGUUUUACUUUUUGUUUUUGUUUUUUUCCACCUGUCUAUGAUUUAGAAGAUGGAGAUCUCUGGGUUUAAAAGACACAUGUACAAACUCUUUGUGUUACUGGUUUCUUGUAAUUCUUCGUAACUCAGAAUAACAUUGUGGUGCAUUUGCCAUGUUUAUCUGAAUAAACUAGUCAUCUAGA